AUUCUUCGGCUGCUCCUGAAGGCUGGAGGAGAUGUCACUGUAAGAUCAAAGACUGGCCUAACUUGCCUCCACUGUGCUGCACAGGAAGGGAAAGCGUCGACGUGUAAGAUUCUCCUCUGCGAGGGGAUCGAUGUCAACGUCGCUACGUCACUCGAGAAGAAUUCAGCACUCCAUCUUGCGGUGCUGAAUAGGAGGAGCGAAGUUGUGAGGCUCCUCCUCGAGCAUGGGGCAUCUUGCUCGAUAGUCAACGUGGAUGGCCUGACGCCGAUGGACAUGGCAAAGAAGCUAAAGGUGAGGAGGAUGAGGGAGGGAACAAGCAUUGACGUGAGCAACAGGAUGGAAAUAUUGUGGAGGAGAUGA